AUGAAUUAUACAGACACAGAAGUUAACGACUUUUCUCAAAUUCCUUCGCGAAAUUCAAAUGCUUAUCCCUGCAUAUCUGGGAUCAACUCCUCGAAGCAGUUCCUAGAAAAAGAUGACUUUUGGUCAGCCAAUAAUUACCCACCGGAGGUAUUCCAAGAUAUGGGAGUGUCAGAUGUCUCUUUUGGAUUUGAGUCGAUUCCAUUGAUACCUGAUAAGUUCCAAAUAAAUCAGACCCAGAUCCCUGUUAGGGAAAGUACAGCCAACGAAUUAAACACUCACAAGCCCGAUAAUGACAUUGGUACUUACACAGAACAGAGAAAUGCUCUUUUGGGAAAUAAGGAUACUCAAGAGUUUGCUCCUUUACCUAAUAAUGAAUCUCUCAGAAACCCCCAAAAUGACAUGAGGUUAAGAAAAUAUGAAGAAGACAAAGAAACUGAAGGAAAGAACACCACCUCUUCUGUAAAUAAGAGAUGGGGUAAGAAGCAAGACAACAAGCUUUUCAAAGUCCUUAGAGAAAUGGAAGCUUGCCAUAAAAUUUGCUUCAAUGAUGUCAUCUGGGAUGAAGAAGGUCUGAAGAAUCUUAACAGAAAAUUGUUGAGGGAUCUUUGCAGGGAAGUUAAAUGGAUAUCCAACCCAAAGAAGCUACUCAAAAGAAUCAAGAACUUUUGGGAUAAAGACUUCUCAGUAAGAGAGCUAAAGGCUCUCAAGAGAAUUAUGAGAAAGGAUUUUGAUUAUAAGAACGUAGAUCUAGAACAGAUUAGUAAGCACUUCCCCUCAAAAAGCAUGGAAAAUAUCAUGAAUAUGGUUGAGAUGCUCACAGAGAAGUAUGAGCUCAAGACACUGAGCUUGUAUUAA